CUUUUGUUUUGUUUGUUCUUCCUUUUUUCUGCAAUCGGUCGUCGUCGUUGUGCUUAAACCCUUACCGGAAUGGAGCCGCCGGCGAAAGGAACAGUGACGCCGUUAGCGUCGUUAUUCUCAGAGGAGGAAGCAAGGAAAGCAGCAAGCUACGUGGAGGAGAAAAUCGGAGAGAAGCGAGUAGAGAUGAAUCGUCUUCAACAGUUCGUCGAUGAAAACGACAAUCUCAUCAAUCUCGUCAAGAAGCUUCCCGAUCAGCUUCAUCACAACGUUAUGGUUCCAUUCGGUAAAAUGGCUUUUUUCCCAGGUCGACUGAUCCAUACCAACGAGUGUUUGGUGUUGUUGGGUGAGAAUUACUAUACUGAUAGAUCAUCGAAACAAACCGUUGAUUUCUUGAAGAGAAGGGACAAGACUCUGCAGUCUCAAAUUCAUUCUCUUAAAGCUGAGAUUGAAGAUUUUCAAACGGAGGCUUCAUUCUUCGCUACAACUGCUUCUGAAGCAGCGGAGGGACUUGUUGAGAUAAGAGAAGAGUAUGUAGAAGAAGAAGAUCUUUCUGCAACUGUGUUUCAGUCAAGUGAAAAAGAGACUUCUAAUAUUUCUGGAGGAGAGGCUGAAGAAGGUGAACUUGAAGACGAUGACUUUGCAAGAAUCAUGUCCAGGUUGAAUGAACUUGAAAUGGAAGAAGAACAGGAGGGUGAAGAUGGGGGCGAUAGAGGUGAAGAACGUGAUUCUCCAAUAGAAAUUUUGGAGGAGAGCCAGCAUGAUUUGGUGAAAGGAAUUAGAGGUGAGACAGACCGUGGUAGGAUUGAAUAUGGGAAACAAGAAACUACCAUAUCUGUUCCUAUGAAAGCUUCACGCCAUAGCUCUUCCAUUCGCGAACCGAGGGUUGCAGAGCCAAGAGUCAAAGCCAAAGUUAUUCAAGUGUUACCAGAGGCACACCCACACAAAGAUAUAGAUGAUCAGCUGAAUUGUAUCGGACCAAUGGCACAAUAUCUUCCCAAAGGAGAUCAAUCUCAUAGCGGAACUGCUCAGCAAAACGCUGGAACAUGGAGAGACUUUCAGGCGACCGCUGGUAUUUCCACAGCAAAGGCAAAAACCAAUGUUUUAGGACCACAAAAGAUUGAGUCACCUAUAGAGAAGCCAGAGCCCGAGUUUGAUUCUACCAAGGCUUUUACUGGAUCAAUCGUAGAGCAUGCGCAUAUUCAAGAGACCAGCACACACAGCGAUACGCAGUCUUCUGCGUCUCAACCGUCUAAACCAGUGUCAAGAUUCAAGGCGCAGAGAAGAUAGCUAGUCAGUUCUGUGUACAACUUUUUGUUGAGUUGCCUUUAUGAUAUGUAAGAAGUAAGAACUCAUGCAAAUGUGUGCAUCUU